GCUGGCAGCUGCGCAUGCUCCGUCCUGCGCGCAGCUUCCAGACGCCAGAGGGCGCGCUCCCCUCCAAGGCCCCGCCCCCACGGCCCCGCCCUCGGAGCCGUUGGGAUUUGAAUCUCCGGCGGGCUGCGGCUGGAAGUGCCGACCCCUUAGUCCGGCAUGGAGAGCCCGGGCCCCAGCGUACGGUGCCCGGUGCAAGAGCAGCGUGCCCGUUGGGAGCGGAAACGCGCCUGCACUGCCCGGGAGCUGCUGGAGACCGAACGGCGCUACCAGGAACAGCUGUGGCUGGUGGCCACGUACUUCGUGGGGAUUCUGAGAGCCAAGGGCACCCUGCGACCACCAGAGCGCCAGGCCCUGUUUGGGCCCUGGGAGCUCAUUUACGGCGCCAGCCAAGAGCUGCUUCCCUACCUCGAAGGAGGGCGCUGGGGACAGGGGCUGGAGGGCUUCUGCCCCCACCUGGAGCUCUACACCCAAUUUGCUGCCAACGCUGAGAGGUCCCGGACCACCCUGCAGGAGCAAUUAAAGAAGAACAAACGUUUCCGGAGGUUUGUGCGACUUCAGGAAGGUCGCCCUGAGUUUGGAGGCCUUCAGCUCCAGGACCUGCUCCCUUUGCCUCUGCAGAGGCUCCAGCAGUAUGAGAAUCUUGCCAUUGCUUUGGCUGAAAACACAGGUCCCAACAGCCCUGACCAUGAACAGCUCACAAGGGCUGCCCGGCGGAUAAGUGACACUGCCCAGAGAGUCCACACCAUCAGUCAGAAACAGAAGAAUGACCAGCACCUCCAGCGUGUCCAGGCUCUGCUUAGUGGACGGCAGGCAAAGGGGCUUAUCUCAGGUCGCUGGUUCCUACGCCAGGGUUGGCUGCUGGUGGUACCUCCCCAAGGGGAGCCUCGGCCCCGAAUGUUCUUCCUCUUCUCUGAUGCACUCCUCAUGGCCAAGCCUCGACCUCCAUUGCAUCUGCUGCAGAGUGGCACCUUUGCUUGCCAGGCCCUCUACCCCAUGGCCGAGUGUCAACUCCACAGGGUCUUUGGCCACUCAGGAGGCCCCUGUGGUGGACUGCUCAGUCUGUCCUUUCCCCACGAGAAGCUACUGCUUAUGUCCACAGACCAGGAGGAGCUGUCACACUGGUACCACAGUCUGACUUUGGCCAGCAGCAGCCAGAAGAACUAGAGGAAUCUUACAAAUUCGAGUCCAGGAUACCUCAGGGAUAGAUCAGAGUCUGGAGUACAAAGGAAUCUUCUUCAGUACUAACAAAACACAGACUCUUCACGGUUUGAGAAGGCUCACUCUGUGUUUGCUUGAGACCAAGACACGCCAUGUCAUUUGACCAGCUCUUAAGAAUCAGGACACCAAACCUGACCCAACUGAACCUCAGCUGAACCAGCUAUUUUUAUGUUGUAUGUAAUUUCUAUAAUUUAUUUUCCCACAGGAUUUUAGUAAAGUUUUUUCUUUUUUGGAAAAGGCUUUUUAUCUCAGCUAUGCAAUAUGAGAAAAGGGGUUUUUGUACCCUGAAGGCUGGCAUGAUGGUGGCCUCAGGAAUACAAAGAGAAGGACUGGAGCUCCCUCUGUCUUCUCAGCUCCUGCACUGGAAGACAGCCUCUUUAUGUCCUAAUAAGGGAAGCUUUUCAAGAAGGCCCCGUUGUUAUUAGGCACCUAGUAUGGGUGGGUGGGUGGGUGAGUG